AUGGGGGAAGGGACGUCAUGUGUGGAUUCAGUGAAAGUCCAGGAGGAGGGCGGGAUAGACCCAAGGCUGGGAUUUGUGGAAGGAAGGAAACAGGUUGGGAGAAUCGUGACCUCUGGCCAACUGUCAUUGUGUUCUGAGCGACAGAGUCCUCAGCUUGGCAUCACCAGGCCCUCACCUGGGGUGCUGACGCAUGGGGAGAUCUCAGGACCAGCAGAACCAAGGGCAGAGGCCAACUUCCAGCCUCCGUUCACCAGCCUAAAGAGGAAGAGGAACUUGUCAUCGGAUUCUGAGGAUGACCUGGCAGAGCUGCUGGACCCUGAGCCUGAGCUAGUGUGGUACGUGGAGACACUGUGUGGGCUCAGGAUGACGCUGAGGAGGAGGCGCGCGUCUAUGGUGAGGCCUGAACACCACAAGGUCUUCACCAGGCUGCUGGAGGAUCCUGUGGUGAAAAAAUUCCUGGCCUGGGACAAGACGCUGAGAGUGUCUGAUAAGUACCUCCUGUCUAUGGUCAUAGCUUAUUUCAGCCGCGCUGGGCUCUUCUCCUGGCAGUAUAGGCCAAUCCACUUCUUCCUGGCUCUGUACCUGGCCAAUGACAUGGAGGAGGACAACCAGGCCCCUAAACAAGAUAUUUUUUACUUCCUCUACGGCAAGAGCUAUGCCCAGCGCCCCAUGUUCCACAAACUACGGUUCCAGUUCAUUCGGUCCAUGGGCUGGAGGAUCUGGGUGUCCCGGGAGGAGUGUGAAGAGAUCCAGGCUUACAACCCAGAGCUGUGGGUGUGGGCACGAGAUCGCACCAACCUCACCUAGAAACUUAGAACUGUAGAGGCCUGAGGUCAUCGGCCUAAGGAAGAUCCCUGUGCCCGAGGGAAACACUCUAUGCCAACAUUAAGAACCGCUGGGAGAAAUGAGAGAGGACGCCUUCCACAGGAACUAGAAGAACCCAGACUCUUCUAGAAGGAUGGAAUGGAAUCACCACACCGUGCUCCUGAGCGGGAACAUGUGUAGGGGCUCUGGUGGGGAAGCCAGACAUCAGGAUUCCUCCAGAGCCCACUCCACUCAGCGACACCAUCUAAAUGUCAUCCGGAUGUCCCCAGUCCCGUCUCCCCAAGGCAGCAACCCUGUGGGUCCCUAUAACUGGUCUCCACAGGCUCGGGCCAUUUGAAGGAGGCUCCUCAGGGCUCAGACGAGAAGGGAAAUAUCUACAAAGAACAGUAUUUGAUCUAUAUAAUUGUAAUAACUUU